AUGCCGAGCAAUGGGGCCUCGGAAGCCCUUCUGCCCAAUCGCGAUGUUGAGGCGAACCAGGGGGAGCACUAUGAUGGCGAUGCCCAUGAGUUGAGGGCAGCAGUGCUAGGCGCCAAUGAUGGCCUUGUGUCAGUCGCAUCCAUCAUGCUCGGUGUGGGAGCUGCAUCAACAGACCAGCACACCCUGCUCCUCUCUGGCCUCUCGGCUCUCGUGGCAGGUGCAAUGAGCAUGGCUGCCGGGGAGUACAUCAGCGUGGCCUCACAGAAGGACACCGAGGAGGCUGACGUGGAGAAGGAGAGGGAACAGCAGGAGGGCAGCGCCGAGACCAGGGAGCACGAGCUGGAGGAGUUGACUCAGAUCUAUGUGGCCCGCGGCUUGGAAUACAAUCUUGCUCGCGAGGUGGCAGUGGCCCUGUCGCGCACGAAGGAGUCUGCGGUUGAGGCGCACGCGAGAGAUGAGCUUGGCAUUGAUCUUGAUGACCUGGCCAACCCAUUCCAGGCUGCUGCGGCAUCGCUGCUGGCCUUCAGCAUUGGCGGCGUUGUGCCCCUGGUCGGGGCGAUCUUCAUCACAGACCCGCGCAUCCGCCUGGCAACUGUGUUGGAGCAACGGGUGUCUGAUGCUGAGUGUCUGCAGGUCCUCGCAACCUUCGCCCUGUUGACAUUUGGAGCGACGGGUGCAUGGCUCGGAGGCGCAAAGAGGGUCCGAGCUGCGCUUCGCGUGCUCAUUGGGGGGUGGCUCGCUAUGGGGAUCACUUUUGGUGUGGGUUUCCUGUUUGGGGAGAACCCAGGCCGUUAG